GGCUUCGAUGUGUACAUUCCUGAGACCAGUGUUGAGGAAGUCUUGGAUGUGAUGGCGUCCGCGUGCACUGACCUAGCAAAGUUGCCUGAGCUCCGUGAUGUCAUUCUCGCCGUGAGCGGCGCGUGCAGGAGGCACAAAGCCUCGCAGUUCCUGACGUCUCAACUCCGCAUGAGCGGGCAGAUUUCCAUCCACGCAGGCAGCCAGCCUGUCCAGGCCGAGGCUCAGAACUUCUACCUUCAUGUUGGAGAUCACAAGGUGAGGAUGACGGAGGUGAAGACAGAGCUGGAGAAGGGCUUCGAUGUGUACAUUCCUGAGACCAGUGUUGAGGAAGUCUUGGAUGUGAUGGCGUCAGCGUGCACUGACCUAGCAGAGUUGCCUGAGCUCCGCGAUGUCAUUCUCGCCGUGAGCCGUGCUUGCAGGAAGCACAAAGCCUCACGUUUCCUGAUGUCUCAACUCCGCAUGAGCGGGCAGAUUUCCAUCCACGCAGGCAGCCAGCCUGUCCAGGCCAAGGCUCAGAAUUUCUACCUCCAUGUUGGAGAUCACAAGGUGAGGAUGACGGAGGUGAAGACAGAGCUGGAGAAGGGCUUCGAUGUGUACAUUCCUGAGACCAGUGUUGAGGAAGUCUUGGAUGUGAUGGCGUCUGCGUGCACUGACCUAGCAGAGUUGCCUGAGCUCCGUCAUGUCAUUCUCGCCGUGAGCGGCGCGUGCAGGAGGCACAAAGCCUCGCAGUUCCUGAUGUCUCAACUCCGCAUGAGCGGGCAGAUUUCCAUCCACGCAGGCAGCCAGCCUGUCCAGGCCGAGGCUCAGAAUUUCUACUUUCAUGUUGGAGAUCACAAGGUGAGGAUGACGGAGGUGAAGACAGAGCUGGAGAAGGGCUUCGAUGUGUACAUUCCUGAGACCAGUGUUGAGGAAGUCUGGGAGGUGAUGGCGUCAGCGUGCACUGACCUAGCAGAGUUGCCUGAGCUCCGCGAUGUCAUUCUCGCCGUGAGCGGCGCGUGCAGGAGGCACAAAGCCUCGCAGUUCCUGAUGUCUCAACUCCGCAUGAGCGGGCAAAUUUCCAUCCACGCAGGCAGCCAGCCUGUCCAGGCCAAGGCUCAGAAUUUCUACCUCCAUGUUGGAGAUCACAAG